AUGGAUCAAGGAAAGCCCAUUGUCGUGGAUGCCGCCACCACCGUCGCCGCUCGGCGGCCGGGCCGCUUCGAGACAAUCUACACUCGGCUCGGGUUUCAACGCGCCUACAACUUCCCGCUUUUCAUUGUCUUCGCGGGCGCCAUGGUCGGGUUCAGUCUGUCCCGGCUGUAUUUCUACGACUUCGACGGCAUAUUCGCAAAAGAGUCCGCUCCGGGCGCCAUGUCUGACUACCACGAAGGCAAGUAUAGGGUUGGAAUGCUACUACACCUGGCAGCCUGUCUGCCCUCGGGCCUACUCCUAGUGCUACAGUUCGUGCCAGGAAUCCGCCACCGCUGGCUUCUGCUUCACCGCAUCAACGGCUAUGUCGUCUUAUUCCUAGUAAUCAUCUCGAAUGCCGGGGCAUGCAUCGUCCUCGGGCGGCGUGAGAGUGGGACCCGCGUAGCUACGCAAUCGGCCGAGGCUACCAUGGUUAUUAUGACGACCGUUAGCAUGUCGGCGGCGUACUGGAACAUUAAGCGCCUACAAAUCGACCAGCACCGAGCGUGGAUGCUACGUACCUUCUUCUACUACGGCGUUAUUAUUACGAACCGUAUUAUCGAUAGCAUCGCCGCCGUCGUUAUCUCGGCUUACGGCGGCUACUAUACCGUCUGGUCGUGCCGCAUGAUGGAGUACACGUACGCUGAAGCUGGCUUGCGCACGCUCCAGCAGGACUACCCGGGCUGUUUUUCCUCUUCUUCUCCCUCCGGCGGCCCUGCCAAAUUCGAUGGCCGCGCUCAUGUGGUCGUCGAGGCGAUUCACGAUGUCAAUCAACCGCCGAACCUCGGUGCCUCCUUGACUAUCCCCUUCGGCACCAGCGUAAGUCGCAGCACUCCCCACUUCCAAAACACCUCCACCCCAACCCACCUCAUCCCCUCCUCUCCUCCAACUCCUCCACCAACCCCUCCGCUCACCUCCUCCUCUCCUGCCCACACCGCCCCUCCAUCCUCCGCACAGCACCAUCUCAUGGGAGAAUUUUUACUGACGUGGACGAACACCUAG